CCUUCUCACUCACUGGUUCCCCCCCCUUUUCACCCCCCUUCUUCCUCCCCCCUGAUCAUCACCACCGCCACCACCACCCCCAAACAAACAAACCAACCCCCCCAACCAAACCACAACCAUGCUCCCCCCAAUCCUCGCCUCCCUCCUCCACCCCUUCCAUUUCAUGGCCCUCGCCCUCUCCCACCUCCCCUCCACCAUCCUCGCCGCCCUGCUCACCCGCGACCUCAGCACGCUGCUCUCCCCGAGCCGGCUGCGCGCCGCCUGGUUCGGCCGCUUCUGGGCCCAAGUCGGCCCCCUGGUGCGGGCCAACGCCGAGACGAAGGUGAUCCCGCUGCUCCAGGGGCGCGUGACCUACGGCGUGGUGCCGUCCUCACCCUCACCCUCGCCCACCGACACCGACACCGACACCGCCCGCGGCGACACGCCCCAGCAAUCACAAUCACAAUCCCACCCCCAGGACCAGCAACCACACCCCCACCCGCCCGUCUCGGGCACAGUCCUCGAAAUCGGCCCCGGCUCCGGCAUGUGGACAUCCCUCUUCACGCCGCGCCACCUGCCCGCCAUCCGCAAAGUGUACGGCGUCGAGCCCAACACGGGCGUGCACCCCCUAUUACAAGCCCAAGUAGCCGCGGCAGGUCUGUCGGAGACAUACGAGAUCGUGCCCGUCGGUAUCGAGUCGCUGGCGGGAUCCGGGCGGGUGGCGCUGGAGAGCGUGGACAGCAUCGUGACGGUCAUGUGCCUGUGCAGCAUCCCCGAGCCGCGGCGUAAUAUGGCGCAGCUGUACGGGUACCUCAAGCCUGGGGGCAGGUGGUAUGUGUAUGAGCAUGUUAAGUGCUUUAGGGAGCAGGGGUGGGGGAUGCGGUUGUAUCAGGCCUGUCUGAAUAUUAUCUGGCCUCAGCUCAUCGGAGGAUGCGAAAUGUGUCGCGACACUGGGAAGUGGCUUAGGGAGGCCGCCCCAUGGAGCGACGUGGACCUGCACCGGAUGGAAGGAGAGGCCUGGUACUUCACCAUGCCUCACAUCAUCGGCGUUCUCACCAAAUAGAGCUGUUAGACCAUCGAAGGGCGUUUGGUCCUCCGAGUUGGCGCUGUCAUGCUCGCUUUAUAUCUCACUUGUACAUGUGCCAAACACAGUGGUCACAAAUGCAUAGAAAGCAAUACUCCCGAGUCACUGAGUGAAGAUUGGCCCUAAGCCUUCCACUACCU